ACCCAUGCCUGAUCGAAAUCAGGCAGACAGACUGAGACAGUGGCUCGAGAUCAAAUCAAAUUCGAAGUCAUGCCCACCAUUCUCGGAUUAGAAGGCUCAGCCAAUAAAAUCGGUGUGGGCAUCUUGCGUGAUGGUCAAGUACUGUCCAACCCUCGCCGCACUUACUGCCCGCCGCCUGGACAGGGGUUCUUGCCCCGUGAAACGGCCGUUCAUCAUCAAGGCGUAAUUCUGACCGUGCUCAGAGAAGCCUUGGAUCAAGCUCAACUCACGCCUCAAGACAUUGAUGCCAUCGCCUACACCAAAGGACCCGGCAUGGGUGCUCCUUUGGUGUCGGUGGCCGUGGUGGCCCGAACCAUUUCCCAAUUAUGGCACAAACCCAUCAUCGGCGUCAAUCAUUGCAUCGGUCACAUUGAAAUGGGUCGUCUCAUCACCGGGGCCGAGAAUCCGACCGUGCUCUAUGUGAGUGGGGGUAAUACGCAGAUUAUUGCCUAUGCCCAACAACGAUACCGCAUCUUUGGUGAAACCAUCGAUAUCGCCGUGGGCAAUUGCUUGGACCGAUUUGCUCGAGUUCUCAAGCUAUCUAACGAUCCUAGCCCGGGUUAUAACAUUGAACAGGCCGCCCAGCAAGGCUCCAAGUUCCUACCCCUGCCUUAUGUGGUGAAAGGCAUGGACGUGUCCUUCAGUGGCAUCCUUUCCUAUAUCGAGGAGAAAGCCGAGAAGCUAAUGGCCAGCGGCGAAUACACACCUGAAGAUUUAUGCUUCUCCCUCCAAGAAAACGUGUUCGCCAUGUUAGUGGAAACCACAGAACGAGCCAUGGCUCAUUGUGGAUCUCAGGAGGUUCUGAUCGUGGGUGGAGUGGGAUGCAAUCUUCGUCUGCAGGAGAUGAUGGCCAUCAUGUGUCGCGAGCGUCAGGCCAAAGUCUUCGCGACGGAUAUGAGAUUUUGCAUCGAUAAUGGGGCAAUGAUUGCUCAAGCCGGUUAUGAAAUGUUCAAAUGCGGAAUGGUCACUGACUGGGAGCACACUACAAUCACUCAACGAUAUCGAACGGAUGAAGUUCUGGUAAAGUGGCGUGAAUAAAUGAAUGAUAUAUGUAUUUGUA